AUGGAUAAAAAGAAAAAAUAUAGUGUUCAAGAUGCGCUGGAGUUUAUCACUGCAGAGGACAGUGAGUAUGAGGGAUGUGAAAGUAGCUCAGAUGAAGAUUCUGAAGACCCUAAUUACAUUCCCCACAAAGACGUGGAGAGUGAUGAAUCAAGUGAAUCCAGUGAUUCAGACAGUUGUGAUUCAAGUGAUUUAGAGACAGAGCCACAUUCAAGCCAUAUGGACACUGGGCAGCCCAAGGCAGCUAUCAAAGGACAAAAAUUCUCCUGGAGAAAGAAAACGUUCGAAAUCCCUGAGACCACAUUCAAGGGACCCUGUGCCAAACCUCCAGAUGAGAUCCACACUCCACUGGAGUACUUCAAAAACUUCAUCACAGAUGAUAUGCUGCUGUUGUUAAUGGAACAAACAAAUUUAUACAGUGUACAAAAAUCCAACCAUCUGAGAAAUGUAAAUACCACUGUUAAAGAACUAGAAAUACUCAUUGGUCUCUAUCUGAGGAUGGGUCUAUGCCAAAUGCCUGGCAAUCGAGCAUACUGGGAAAAUGACACCAGAUGUCCUAUGGUAGCAGAUAACAUGUCCCGCAACCGAUUUCAAACCCUCUUGGGAUCUCUACAUUUCACUGACAAUACAGAUUUAUUACACAGAGAUGCAGAAGACAAGUGCUGGAAGAUCCGUCCAUGGCUUGAAAUGUUUCGCAAACAAUGCCUGGAUAUUGUCCCAGAGGAGUACAACUCUGUUGAUGAGCAAAUGGUACCCUUCAAGGGGACACACAGCCCAAUAAGGCAGUAUGUGAAGGGAAAGCCCCACCCCUGGGGAUUGAAAAUCUGGGCCCGGUGCUCAUCCUCUGGUAUACUCCAUGAUUUUGUUGUUUAUCAAGGUGGUACUGGGAAGAAGACUUUACUUGGGAUUGGAGGAGAUGUUGUGGUGAAGUUGUGUGAAACUCUGCCAGCUGAGCAAAACUACAAAGUUUUUGCUGAUAACUUCUUCUCCUCAGCCCCACUUGUGCUCACACUUCUUCAGCGACAGAUCUACUUUGUAGGAACACUUCGUGGAAAUCGCUUAGCAGGUUGUCAGCUUGAAGAUGAAAAAAGUCUUGCCCAGAGAGGCAGAGGAUCUGUUGAUGCCAGGGUGAAUAAGGAGGAGAGCAUGGUUAUUGUGAAGUGGUAUGACAACAAAUCUGUUACCCUCAUCUCAUCCUAUUGUGCAACUGAGCCUCAAGAUACAGUCCGUCGCUGGAGCAAAUCGGACAAGGCAUUUGUUGAGGUCAAAAGGCCACACAUUGUGAAGGAGUACAACACAUUCAUGGGGGGUAUUGACCUGCUUGAUGCCUGCAUUGCAAGGUACAAGUACCACAUGAAGUCACGGAGGUGGUAUCUCCACCUGUUCUGGCAAACCAUCAUGCUCGGUGUUGUCAAUGCAUGGUUGAUUUACCGUCGUGACUGCAAGCUACUUGGUGUCCAAAAGCCACUGAAACAAAGAAGCUUCCAGGCAGAAGUUGCCACAAGCCUGAUCCUAUGGAAAUCACACAGGGGGCGCCCAUCACAGAACAUCUCAUCACCACCUCCACCACCCAAGAGAGUUCGUGUCGGAGUUCCAGAGGAUGUCCGGACUGAUGAGGUUGCACAUUGGCCGAGGAAAGAAAUUGCUUCAAAAGUUACCAUUACCAAAGGUAAACUUCUAACAACUGCAAUGAAAAAAGCCAUUUGA